CCGAUCGGCUGUAAAAGCAGUGGGCAAAUCAGCAGGAUAGAUUAAUAGUGUAAUGAACUGUAAAACCGACAACGAUAUGCGGCGUGUUAAAUGUUACGAAAAUCUUGUGAGUUUCGAGGAAUGCAAAGAGAUAGUUGAAAAAUCGCUUCAUUUGAACAACCCGAAGAUAUUGGACUAUAAACUGGAAAAAAUUCCCGGUCAUAUAGGAUUUCUGGGAGAGUACCUGGAGCUGGAAAUAACUGUCGAAGACAAUGGAAGCUGUACCUCGAGUCACUAUUUCCUCAAGGCACUACCAAUUAUCGACCGAAAUCAGCGGGCAAUGAUGGAAGAGCUGGGAUUUUUUCAGAAAGAAUCUCGAGUGUACUCGGAAAUUUUUUCUGCUUUCGGUCUCAAUCAAGAACCGGCGAAAUGGCGUCCCGAUUGUUAUCUCGCUCGUGGUGAUUUAAUCGUUCUAGAAGAUUUAAAGAGACGAUAUGGUUUCACUAUGGUGCACCAUAAGACGCCACUCGAUGGUAAAUAUUUACAUCUAGUUCUAGAGGCGAUUGCACAGAUGCAUGCCGUUUCGCUCAACUAUGAAUUCAAUGUUAUUGGUGGCGGACGGAGACUGGAUGAAAUGUACAGUGAUAUCUUGUUUGAAACAACAGUGACACACGAUAACAAGUGGUUUAUGGCAGGUCUUAGUUGUAUUAAAGCUAUGGCACUAAACGCUACAAAAUAUGGUAAACAGCCCGAAAAGAAGCUACUGAUGGAGCAAGAGUUGGAUAACAAUUUACAUCGGAUAUUUGAUAUCGUCAAACCAACUAGUUCGUUUCAGAACGUUUUGGUGCAUCGAGAUAUUUGGCAUAACAAUCUUAUGUUCCGGUAUGAAAAAGAUCCCGUCACAGAAGAGAACCAAGUCAAGGCAUGUAUUUUACUUGACUUUCAAAUCUGUCGCUACCUACCACCGGUGAUUGAUUUUUUGUUGGCCAUUUAUCUCACAACCAGAAGAUCAGAUCGGGAUCGGUACUUUGAACACUAUUUAGAGUUCUACUAUGAUACUCUACAAGAAAAGCUAGAAAACUUCUCGCUGAAGCCAGACCUGAUACUGUCCCGAGAACAACUGCGUGAUAGUCUCAGUCACUACAAAAUAAUUGCACACAUAUUUUCCUGCAUAUAUUUGGCACUGACCAAUCUGCCGGAAAACGUGCUGGACAAUCUUCAUCACGAAGAUCCCGACCAAUACCAUCGAGUUUGUAAUGUGAACAGAGAUGAGUUUGUGCUAAAGUAUCUGAACGAAGACGACUUCUAUCGCGAAACGAUGGUUGAGUGCGUCGAAGAGUUGCUGGAGUAUUUUUUCGGAUUUUGAAAAUGAUCGAAUUGAAAAAAAGCUAUGUCUAUGUAGUGGUGUCUUAUUCUACCAAUCUAAAUCUUACAUAUCCACUGAAAGUCACAUGACUACUACUAAAUCUUGACAAAUUCGUAUGAAAGUAAUUUUCGUUGCACUAGUCAAAAUUUUACCUAUUUGUUCGUAAAGUUUCAAAUCAUUCGUGGUUGCUAAAGCUCUAUAAUAAAAAUUACAGCUGUGAAAUAACCAGCGCACUUCAAUAAUUGGGAGAUCGUAUAACAUGUAACAAUUAUCCGUUUACUAAACUUUUGAUUAUUAUCAAAACUUGCUGUAAAAAAUAUCUACCAAUUACCUGUUCUUUCGUACAAUUUUAAAGUACAAAAUAUUAGUACAAUCAGAAUUUAGUAUGUACUUUUUGACCGCAGAUAUUAGUUUAGUAUAUGUACUUAUCGCUAAGUUCAGAGAUUAUACAAUUGUGUGGACAGAAAAUCAAUGGAUAAAUAGAAACGGAAGUGUAGAUUAUAUAGCACUAUUUGUCUAAAAUAGGAUUCUGGGACUCUGCUGUGGUGUUUGAUGUACGGCUACGUAAAGCUAAAGAUUACUUAUUAGCGAAACAACUAAAAAACUUUAAAAAUGAUUAAAGAUUAGAUCUGAGCGUAUAUAAUAUCAAGCAUGACCACUUACUUUAAGUUGGACAAAUAAUGCGAUACCGUAAAGAAAAUGAAGUGUAGAAUACAGAUAUAAUAAAGAAAGCAAGAACAUGUCGUGUCAUACAUAAGUAGUAGGCUAUAAUCAUUGUCUUAAUAUCAGUACCAAAAGUUUUACACCGAAUAAUAUAAAAUGUGCAUUGUGAAAAUGUAUGUAGUAAAGAACG